AUGUCAACACAAGCCACGGACGCCGUGGCGACAACCGCCAAUGCGGCUGUAAUUACCUCUCCUUCGAUUUCGACGUACGAUGCUGGUCUCGGUGGCGUCAACCAGGUCCAGAACAUGCUUUUUAAGGACAUGCUGUGGUGGAGCCUAGGUAUCGUCGCCAUGACCAUCUUAUGCAUCCGACUCGUCGAGAUCUCGUGGUCACAAUUGCGUUUGGUCUCGGCUAUGUCGCAGCCUGCCAAAUUCCAGGCCUACUGGCGCAAGGCACAGUGGACGCACAUGCCAUGGGUCAAGAAGCAGCUCACGUACGCCCCGAUCUCCGCGAAACGUCACAACCGCGAGAUCCGCAUCUCCUCUGCCAUGAACAUGGGCACCCUGCCAACACGUCUGCAGGCGGUCAUGCUCUUUGCAUACUUGGUCAGCAACAUCGUCUACCUGCUGUUCCUCGAUUACAGCCAGCCGGACCAUUGGGCCACUCUUGCCGAGCUACGCGGCCGCUCCGGCACACUGGCUGCCGUCAACUUGGUGCCGUUGAUGAUCUUUGCCACGCGCAACAAUCCUCUCAUCACCCUUCUUCGCAUCAGCUUUGACACAUACAACCUCUUGCACCGCUGGCUCGGCCGCAUAGUGGUCUUUGAGUCGGUAGUUCACACUGUUGCAUGGUUGGUUGUCCAACUUGCUGAUGGCGGCUGGGCAAGUGUGGGCUUUAAGAUGCUCCACGACCGCUUCAUCGCCUCGGGCAUGGUCGGCACCUUUGCCUUUAUCCUUUUGGUCAUCAUCUCCAUUUCGCCGCUACGCCACGCCUUUUACGAAACGUUUUUGACCACGCAUAUCAUGCUGGCCGUGAUUAUUUUCGUUUGCGUCUGGGUGCACUGUGCAACGUCCUCCGCCUCACCAGGCGGCCUUCCACAGCUGCCCUGGAUUAUCGCCGUCGUUCUUCUCUGGUUGGCAGAGCGUCUGUACCGCGUUGGCCUCAGUGCCUACCGCUCAUGGUCGCGCCACGGCUUAGCCAAUGCGGUUGUUGAGCCGAUGCCGGGCGACUGCUCUUGCGUCACGUUGACUCUCCCGCGCUAUGUCGAUGUACAGCCUGGAACCCACGCCUACCUGCGUUUUGCCGACAUCAGCCCAUGGGAGUGCCAUCCCUUCAGCAUUGCCUGGGUGAAGCACACGCCUAUCAAUGGCGGCCUUUUACCAACGACCGAGAAGCGCAUUGAUAAGGUCAGUGACAGGGCAUCGUCUUCUGCAGCCCUCGCAAGCGUUAAUGUAAUCGAGCACGGCCACCUAUACCGCACAUCGGUCUCCUUUGUCAUCGGUGCCCAUACAGGCUUCACCCGCAAGCUCUACAAUCGUGCCGUGAAGAGCUGUGACGAGUUUGGAUCUGGGUCUGCCAGAUUCAAAGCGCUAUUCGAGGGGCCCUAUGCCGGCCACCACUCGCUCGACAGCUACGGCCACGCCGUGCUCUUCGCCGGUUCCACAGGCAUCACGCACCAGAUCAGCUACCUACGGCAUCUCAUUGAUGGCUACGCCGAUGGCACGGUGGCCACACGCCGCAUCACGUUGGUGUGGGUGGUGCGCGACUACGAGGCACUCGAGUGGGUGCGUCCCUGGAUGGAUGAGAUUAUGCGCAUGCCGCAGCGCCACGAGAUUCUGCAAGUGCGUAUCUUUGUGACGCGGCCAAACCAGGCGUUCCAGGCCGCCCAGCUCGGCUCGUCAAGGUCCCGCACCAUCCAGCUGCACUCAGGCCGGCCUAACAUCCCGGUGCUUGUGCGAAAGGAGGUCGCAGAGCAGGCGGGUGCCAUGUGCGUCACCGUCUGCGGUCCUGGUGCCCUGGCAGAUGACGUGCGCAGUGCGGUACGCGACGUCCUGGAUGAGGGCACCGUGGUGGACUUUAUCGAGGAGAGCUUCACAUGGUGA